CUUUGCUUGUCCGUGUCACGACACAGCCGAGGAGAACCGUAGCGGUGGAAUAAUUAUCCAGGGCUGGUGCGAACAGUCGCUGCGCCGGUAGACUGACUACGUAGCUGGUACAGCGGGGGCCAGCCUAUUCCACGGUGCGCCAUGAUCAAGCUGGUGCUGGUGGUGAACGUGGCCGGGAAGGUGCGGCUGAGCAAGUUCUACGACCCGCGGCCGGCCGAGCCCCAGUCGCAGCAGCGGCUCACUCGGGGCCUCCACUCGCGCCUCGCCGCGCGCCAGAAGCACAACUGCAGCUUCUUCGACGUCAGCGACCUGGUGGGCCCCGACUCCACGGCCGUCUACCGCCGCUACGCAGACCUGUUCGUCGUCUUCGUGGCCGACGGCGCCGAGUCGCCGCUCGCCACGGUGGACCUCAUCCAGGAGUUCGUGGACGCCGUCGACCGCUGCUUCGGUCUGGCGUGUGAGCUGGACUUCGUGUACCACGCGGACCAGGUGCACCACAUCCUCAACGAGGUGCUGCAGGGCGGCCUGGUGUUGACCGUAAACUCGGCAGAGAUCGCCGGGCACGCGCUGGAGCAGCAGGCCGCCGAGGACCGCCAGACCAGGCCGCUGAGGGCGGCGGCCGCCCAGGCGCUCAGCUCCAUACAGGAGUUCCACGUCUUCCACAGUACGUGACCCCCAGAAACCGACCGCUCCAUCCAGUGGUUUGUCUUCCAGAGUCUGAUCCCAAAACCCUGCAGCAGGCCAUCAAGGACUGCAUAAUCGGGCCUCUGAGGGUGGCCCCUGUCCAGGGGCUCAGUUCCAUACAGGAAUUCCAUGUCUUCCAUGGUGUGUGACCCCCAGAAACCAACAGCUUCAUCCAGCGGUUCGUCUUCCAGUGUCUGAUCUCAAAACUCUACGUAAGGCUUACAAGGACUGCCGGGUCAGGUUGCUGAUGGCAGCCACUGUAGAGGAGUUCAGUCUUCCCCAGUGCGUGACCUCGGAAUCCAUCAGUUCAGUCCAGGGGUUCAAAGUCUUUCACUGUCUCUGGACCCAAAAACCCAACAACAGGCUAUCAAUAGCCGUCAGACAGUUCCCAAAGACUGGCAGCUGCCAGGUGCUAAACUCCACACUGGAGUUCCACAUUUACGACAGCAUCUGACCUCAAAAGUAAACAGCUCCAGCCAGCUGUCCAACGUUCUGCAGUACCUGAUCUCAAAACUCAACAGCAGGCUGACGACGACGACCAGCACCACCACCUGAUUUUAUUACAAAGUGGGUCUAACAGAAAUUUCAUAAGUAGAAACUGGGGAGGGCAUUGCUUCCUGCUGCCUCUACACAAAAUGCAUCAUCUCAAUUUUUAGAAACUGAAUCAUUACUUGAGUAAAGCUGAAUAAAACCGAAUUCUUCAUGCAUCAUGAAAUGCAGCCUGCAGCAGAAAACAUCCCAGUAAACUGAAACCAUGCACGCUAUGCCCUAUUGUCGUUAUAUAGAAAAAUUAUUUCUAACAUGGUAAAUACUGUAUGAACACGUCCAACAUUUUAUAAUGUUAGACUGAACGAAAAAUACUUCGAGACGACUGCACAAGCUCAUUGCUUUUUCUGGUGUUAUCCUUCUACUCUCUCGUAACGCACAUAAUAUACGUAAUUUCAUUUCCGUUGUAAUGAAAUUAGAGAACAUCUGAGGACCUGUGCCAAGAAAGAAAAAUACAAAUUAACUCAGCGCACCCAGUACUAAAACGAACAUACAGAAGAUACAGUUUAGCAUUUCAAUUGUGUAGAGCGUAAUCCAGUGCAGGACACUGAUACAGGAUGCACACCAAUGUGGAAAUUUUUGUCUUAUACUAAACUGAAAUUGUUUUGAGUGUGUUUAUCCAUUACUUCAAGUAUCAUAUGAAUAUGCAACAAUGUUUUUAAAGAUUACCUAACUUUGCUCUUACAGGUAUCUUUAGUAAACUCUAGUGUUGUCGUGUGAAGCAAUACCCACAUUUAGUAGACAAAAGUUAUUACUACUACAUGACAGAGAGCCAGAAAUAGCCUUCUUGUGUUCCUAACUAGAACUUUUUGUUAAACAAAUGUUGGCAGUGUCUUGGACAGUUUUAUAUUUCAUUAUUUUCAAGACAUUUUUCCACAGUACAUGUUGUGAAACUCGAAAACUUGAAAUCAUACCCUGUCAUGAAAUAUUUUUAGUGCUGCUAUGUAAUAUAUAUUUUUAU